GUAAACAAAAUCCGAGGUGCGCGUACAUGCGUAGAAGUGGUAAUGGAGGAUGGAGCCCUACUCACAGGGGGCUUAGUUAGCAAGCGCUCUUCCUCGUCCAUUGCAAACUACCGUUUUCAUUGAUUCCUGACUAUUUCCAGCGCCCGGUCCGACUUCAGUCAAGGCGAGGCGUGUGUCCGAGCUGUCCUUGAGAUUUGGGAUGGCAUCAGACAUGGGUCCCCAAAACCAUGGCUCCAAGGGGAUCAUGACUUUUUACCCAUCUGUUGAGGAAUUCAAGAACUUCAGCCGCUAUGUUGCGUAUAUCGAGUCUCAAGGGGCACAUAGAGCAGGCCUGGCUAAAAUUGUUCCACCCAAGGAAUGGAAGCCCAGAAGUUCUUAUGAUGACAUCGACGAUCUGGUGAUACCUGCACCUAUUCAGCAAGUGGUGACCGGCCAGUCUGGGCUUUUCACACAAUACAAUAUUCAGAAGAAGUCCAUGACUGUCAGAGAGUUUCGCAAGAUUGCCAACAGUGACAAAUUCUGCAGUCCACACUAUGAUGAUUUUGAGGAGCUGGAAAGAAAAUACUGGAAGAACGUAACGUUUAAUCCUCCCAUAUAUGGGGCAGAUGUUAAUGGAUCACUCUAUGACCAUAAUGUCAAAGAGUGGAACAUUUGCCAUCUGGACACCAUUUUGGAUACUGUUGAACAUGAAAGUGGCAUCACUAUCGAGGGGGUUAAUACCCCCUACUUGUAUUUUGGUAUGUGGAAGACCACCUUUGCAUGGCAUACCGAAGACAUGGACCUCUACAGUAUCAACUACCUACAUUUUGGAGAGCCCAAAUCAUGGUACUGUGUUCCUCCAGAGCAUGGGAAAAGGCUGGAGCGUUUGGCUAAAGGGUUUUUUCCUGGUAGUUCCCAAAACUGUGAGGCCUUUUUGAGGCACAAGAUGACUCUUAUUUCUCCAUCUAUACUGAAAAAAUAUGGCAUUCCAUUUGAGAAGAUUACUCAGGAGGCUGGUGAGUUCAUGGUGACUUUUCCCUACGCCUAUCAUGCUGGUUUCAAUCAUGGCUUCAACUGUGCAGAAUCCACCAAUUUUGCUACAGAGAGGUGGAUAGAGUAUGGCAAACAAGCAGUUUUGUGCUCAUGCCGUAAAGACAUGGUGAAGAUCUCCAUGGACGUGUUUGUCAAGAAAUACCAGCCAGAACGUUAUGAACAGUGGCUGGCAGGGCGCGAUUCGGUACCUAUCAACCACUCCCGGCCCACUCCAGAGGCCAGGGAGUUCCUGGGAGACUCUUUCAAUGACGUCACCAUCAACAGCAACAGUAGCUCAGCAGAGAGCUGUGGGGAGGAUGGAGAGCGGAGGAGCACUACACAGAGGAUAGAGACCAAGAGACAUAGAGUGUGCCUAGAGGUGCCAGAGGACGUAGUUCCCAAAGAUGAUGAUGAACAGUAUGGGAAGCGUCCCAGACUAAGCCUUAUACCACCACGCACCCUGUGUCAAGAUGGCAGGCGAAAUAAAGGCCCUCCGAAGUUGGUUGUCACACCAACCAAGCUGACCUUAAUGGAUCCAUUUAACAGAGGCUUGGCACAAAAUAACCGUGAUGGAGGCCGCCCCCCUCAUUAUACCAAGACUCGGGCACCUGCGAUCUCGUCUCAGUCCCAGGCUAGAAAUGGACAUCUAUCCAUCUCAGUGGCACCCACGUGGUCAGAAGGUGCAGCUCAGCCCGCUCGCAAAAUGGGAGUAGCCAGCCUGCUCUUUCACAGGACUCUGAGUCCAAAAGACACUCUCCAAGUGCACAGCUACACCCUAGAAAAGCAGCGGCAGCCUCACACACAGCUCCAGGUGCACAGCUAUGCCAGAGAGCAUCAACCUCGUCAUCUCCAGCCCAAAACCUGUACCGUGUCCAACACACAGGCACAGUCUCCGAUUCAGACACCAAGCUCUGAAAAAAUACAGCCACAGCCAGAAUCAAAGGUUGUUGUUCUCACCAAAGCGGCACCAAUUAAAAUGCUACCUAAGAUUCCCGUGGAGCAAGACCAAAAAGAGGAUAAACCCAAAAUAUCAACAGUUGUUGAGGCCAAGACUGACGUUGAGAGGCCUAAAAUUGAUACUAGCAAUGUAUCUGCUUCUCACAAGAGUCGACCACAAGAGUUAGGCAAACUGGUGGUGGAAGCUCCCAAGAACAACAAACGAAAGAACAAUCAGUGUCCCCUUGCGGAUAGUGGCAUUUUCAUUCUGAAAGACACCAUUCCUGCCAGGAAACCAUGUCCCAGCGAGAGGGUGACCACUCAGAAUAAUUAUCAGGUGUCAGAAGAGCAGUCAUACUGUAAAUCGGUGGCGAAGAAGCAACAGCAGCAAGCAGAACUCUGCAAGCUGCCUCGCCACCAUCCUUUAUUCAGAGAGGUGCAAAGUGACAGUGACAUGCAAGAAGAUGAUGAGGUCGAGCAAGAGGAGAAAGAAGAGUGGGCAAAGCCACUAACCCAGCUGUGGCAGAGUCGGCCAUAUAACCCUCAGGCAGAGAGGGAGUACAACAAGAUGAUGGGCAAGCAUGCGCCAUACUGCUCUAUCUGCCUGCUCUUCCACACAUACCAUCAGUCGGAGUCUACCAGUGGCAGCUCGAACGUGACGCUGGUGAAUCGUCCAGGGGGACAUCAAUGGUCCAAACCACUCAUCCCUGAAAUGUGUUUCAACACUCAAAGCAGCAGAACCAACGACAGUGGGGAGGGGCAGCUAUCCAACCCUCACGUAGCACAGGAUGGGACCAGCCGGCUGGUCAGCUGUGUGCAGUGCUGUGUCCGCGUACAUACCAGUUGCUAUGGCGUGUCAGUGGAUGAAGCCGAGCUAGAUGAGUGGCUGUGUGCCCGCUGUGAGGCCGAUGCUAUGACUGAGGAUUGCUGCCUGUGUUCUCUUAGAGGUGGAGCUCUGCAGAGAGCCAACAACGACAAGUGGGUCCAUGUGUUGUGUGCCAUCACUGUGCUGGAAGCUCGUUUCGUCAACAUUACGGAGCGGAGUCCCAUUGACCUGUCUGCCAUUCCUUUACCCCGAUUCAGACUGAAAUGUUCAUACUGCAGGAAACGGAUGAAGAGGGAAGUGACGGGCUGUUGUGUUCAGUGCUCCCACGGGCGCUGCUCAACAGCGUUUCACCCCACCUGUGCUCAGGCAGCUGGUGUCCUGAUGCAUCCAGAUGACUGGCCGUUUAUUGUCUACGUCACCUGCCACAGACACAAAGCGCCCAUCAUACCGGAGCGCAACAAGACAUCCAUGCAGGAACUGUCAGCAGGACAGAGGGUGAUCUGCAAAUACAAAAACGGCCGUUACUACCACAGCGAGGUGCUGGAGCUCACCACAGCCACCUUCUACGAGGUGGUGUUUGACGACGGCUCCUACAGCGACAACCUGUUCCCCGAGGAUAUCGAGAACCGUGACUGUGUACGUCUCGGUCCACCUGCUGAAGGCGAAAUUGUUCAGGUCAGGUGGACGGACGGCUUGAUAUAUGGAGCCAAGUUCGUUGCAUCACACUCCAUCCCUAUGUACACGGUUGAAUUUGAGGACGGUUCCCAGAUUAGCGUUAAGCGGGAAGACAUUUACACUCUAGACGAGGAUCUACCCAAACGUGUGAAGUCUCGAAUGUCGGUGGCGUCAGACAUGCGUUUCGAGCUCUUCGCACAGAGUGACGUCAAACAAAACACCAAAAGACAACGGGUCAUCAACUCUCGAUACAGAGAGGACUACAUCGAGCCUGUCAUUUACAGAGCCCUCAUGGAGUGAUGUCCACUUUUUACCAACUCAUCUCAUCAGAGACCUCUUCAUCCGCUGCUCUGGAUCCUUUUCUGGCUACUACUGAUUAAGAAGGCCACCCCAUGCUCCUCUUCCUCUCAUUCUCCUUCCGUUGCCUGUCAGGCUACAUAUUUAUCUACGGCUGGGACUUCAAUGACUUUAGCACGUUGUGAAUAACAUUCAUUGACUUUCGUUUGCCCUCAUUCUCUGUAAGUUGUUUCUUUUAUUCGCUUAUCAUUUUCUCCUUUUUCUCAGGAAGAAGCCAUCAAAUAAUUAAAUUAAAUAUAGAAAAGGUUGAGUGUCUGUCUGAGGCCAGAUGUUCUUUUUUUUUUCUACAACAUUUAACAGCUGUUGAAUACAUAACUUGUUAAACGAUGUGUGUUUAACUUACAGACCUGUUAUUUGUAUCAACAUGUUGCAGUAAUGAAAACGCUUCAGACUUGAGGUUUAAAUGGAUGUUUUUUCACGUUUUGCUUUUGAGGUGUAACAAGGCCACAACUGUCCACAUCAAGCUGUUGACUCCCAUGUCAGUUGCACUGAUCAAUUUAAAUAAUCGCCAACUGUGUCACAUUUCCUCCAAAGAAAUGAAAUGUUUCUGUGUCACUACCUGAGGCUUCUUAAUUUGUGCAGUAGCUUGCGUGUUGCAUUAGAUGAUCAUGAUGGUCCAUCUGGUGUGAAGAAGAGGAGAGAAAUGAGAUGCAUGAGGCCCCAGCCUUACAUUAAACGGGGCUAAGCGACUUUUUUCAGAAGCUAAAAGUUUAUGACUAUUGUAAUUAAUGUUAUUAGUACACUUUAUUUAUGCAAGUGCAUUCCCUUUGAGAACAAAGCUAUUUUUGUCACAGCCUUUUCACAAUCUGUUGAAAAUCUCUGAUGUAUUUAUAUUUAUUAUAUUGAUAGCUUUUCAGACGUUUUUGAGGCUUGCUUUUCGUAGCAGGGAUCUGAAAUGUCUCUUUUUGAGCAAAAAGCACUUACCAUAACAUCUUGCCAUGGGACAUCUGAUUGUUAUAGACUCAUGGCUUCCCUUAAGUUUAGAUUGUGUGUGUGUGAGUUUAGUUUUCUUCUCUAGCUAGCGUUUAACUAAUCGGAUCAUAGUUUGACCUGGGAUGAACCGAUGUGACGAGAGGCUGAUUUUCAGACUUGAACCGGUUUGACUUAUGUCCAUUCUGACUGCUUAGAAGCGACCUUUUGUGUGCUUUUGUACUGAUUUCUCAUGGGGGGCAUGUGUGCAGGUAGAUAUUUCAUAGGUCUACUUAGUUUCUUCGUUCUAUGUUCAAGGAUGCAUUAAAUCCAAACAUCAGCUAUGUUUGAGUAAUGUUUUCAGUAGUACUAGUGCCACUAGUAGAACCCAUUGUAACCACUAAGGCCCUCAGAACCUGACUGCCCCCCCCUUUUAUUUUGAUCAGCUGACGUUGGAUGUCUCAGCCAGAAGCCCAGCAGCUGACCACUACUCAGAUAUGCUCAGAUACACAGCUCCUAUCUCUGCACUGCACAUCCUCCACAGCUCCAGGUUCUCAGACUGUAUAACAGUUUUCCGUUGUAAUGAAAUGUAGCAUCACAGUCCUAUUUCUGGGAACACUGCUUCAAGACUGUUAAAAUAGAACUAGAACAAACUGAUGUGAAUCAGUUUGGAACCGUUUCCUUUUAUUGUGAAACAUAUUCCUACAGUGAAGUAAGUCUUCAAUGGAGAAUGGGGUUUUUUGAGACUCUAAGCAGUCAAACGUUCCAUUUUCAAAUCUUCAUUUCCAGUAAAUGUUACAGUAGCUACUGUAUCGCUGCACACACAAGGAGUAGAUCUGUGUGAUAACACGCAUGCACAGUGAGACUGUAGUCAACCAAGGGGAAACUAAAGAUGGUGAGAUUGGCUCAUCAAACGCUUUCUGUUACCCUUUCUCGGCUGUGACCGCGUUUAGUUGCCGUUCUGAAAUGUCUGCACUUCAGACUAAAUGCUGCUGGGUUUUUGUUCUGUCUCCGCUUCAAGUCUUUGGAAAUGCCCUCGAAGGGUUUUUAUUCUCGCGCCACACUGUAAACAGGUGUAAUGUGGUAAAGCAAGUUGGUAGUGACACAUAGCUGCCAUUUGCUCGCAACCUAUUUCCUCCCACUUUUACUUCCUCUUAAUUGCUGAUGUCUAGAAAACCACAGCUUCUGGAUCAGUAAAUCCUCUGGUUUAGUUUAAUAUCUGUCAUGUUAUAGGUCUUAUAAAGACAAAAACCCUCAAAAGAGUUUUUUGGAUCAACGUGUUUUAGAUAUGCUAAUUAAAUUAGCUUUAAUUAAAAUUAUAAUUAAUACUUGACUUGCUGGCCUGCCUGUUCUUGCCUCUUAUCGAUGGGCAUUGUCUUGGAUUGGAGAGUGAGAAUGGGUUUUAUUGGGGCGAUAAUAAAUUUUAUAGUUGACUGUU